AUGGACGAAGACAUAAACUUCUUGAAAAUGGUGAAGGCGCUCAUGAUGCUUUCAGGUAUUUGGCGUUUACCAUUAAAGAAAAAAUCACUGCAAAUCCUGUAUGACAAGUACUCAGUAAUAUUCCAAUGUUACUUUUAUGUGUUUGUGCUGAGCAUGGUCAUAGAGAUUGCCAUAAUAUGGAACUACUCCAUGGACAUGGUGGUGGAGUGCCUCAGCAUUUUGAUCUUGUGCAGCAUCAUGACGAUCAAAAUCGCCCUCUGCCAGACUGGAACCAUCAAAGAACUAUUCAGGUUUAUAUUGAAAAAGGAGGACGAACUGAAGAAAUCAUUUGACGAAGAGGCGAAGCACAUUUAUGUCAAGUUCCAGAACGUUACGUUUUUUAUCAGCAAAGUUGUUACCAUUCAUACAUCGACGUCGGUUUCUUGUCUCUUCCUGACCAAAUACCUCCUGUAUUUGGACAUGGAGAAACAUCAGACGUUCCCUAACGUUACCCUGUUCAAGAAGCCUUUGCCAUACAUGACUUGGUUGCCGUUCAAUAGUGACGAACAUUAUGUCUCCGCUUUUACCUUACAUUUGAUUGCUGGUUGCAUUGGUGGCAUUUAUAACUGCGCCACCACUAUUUUCUACCUGACCUCCAUGAUAUUUAUAUGUGGGCAGUUGAAGAUAUUGCAGCACAGGAUAAAGACGUUGGACUCCUCAAUGCACAAGCCUGAAGUCGAAGUUGCAACUAAGUUGCGCUCUUUGAUCACCGAUCAUCAAACAAUCGAUGCGUAUUCAAAGCAGUUUAAUAAAGACGUUAACUUAAUUUUACUGGCGGACUUCUCUUUGUAUUCGAUCCAGGUCGCCUCUUUGUUUUUCCAACUAAUCACAGCGGAUUUAAAUCUAAUGAACUUAAUUUUUUUGAUAAUUUACCUCGGACAGAUGGUCCUGCAAAUUUUCUCAUUCUCUUGGUAUGCCAAUGAAAUCAAGGAACAGAGCAUGGGCGUCACUGAUGCAAUUUACGAACACAAUUGGUACGAGCAAGGGGUUUCUAUCAGGAAGUCACUCCUGCUGAUGAUGAUGAGAGGGCAGAAACCCUUUACCUUGACGGUGGGUCCAUUUUAUGACAUGACCAACGGCACAUCUUUAACGAUUAUGAAAGCAGCAUAUUCUUGUGUAACUUUAAUGACCACCAAGAGGAGUUGCCAAUCUUUUGUUUAAAGAACAAAUUAUUGUUGUAGAAGUAUGAAAUUAUUGUUUUAUAGAGACAAAACACACGAAUGUUAUCUUAUUCUUCUGACACUCUUAGAUUUAAGCACUAGAGGACAUUUUUUAUCACUUACUGUAAUGUCUUCUCACCAAACAUGCAUCAAAUUAAAUGAUUGAAGUUACAAGUUACAAGGUUUGUAUUACCUUUUAGGCUUUGACUCAACAGUCUCAUUAAUAUGUCAAUAGUAACAUCAAAAGAUUUUUUUAUUUUCUUCUUUCACUUCUUCAUUAUUUUCAAAUAUAGGCAGGACUCUAUGGUGUGGUAUAUUUAAAGUAUUAAGGAAAGGUUAGUAAAAGUAAAAAA